CCAAUCACAGCCUGAGAGGACGAUUUUGAGCCAAUCAGAGCUUCAGACUCUGAUAGAUCUCAGCUUGAGGUAAUGAUAUCUCUGCUGCUUAGAUGUUUGCAAGGCCACUGUCAACCAAGGAAUAUUUGGAGGUUCAGCUGUUUGGGGGAAAACUAGAGAGGAAAUGGAAAGCAGCACGAGGCAUGAAAAAAAAUAAAGCAGGACAAGAAGACUGAGACCAAGGAGAUAAAAAGAAAUGAGGGGAAAUAAAAGGAGAGGUUAGAGGAAAACAGAAAGCUUAGGCUAAAGCAAGGACUGGACACAAAAAGAAGAGGACUUAGGUAAAAGAGAAGUGAAAAGCACAUUGUUCUGACAACAAAAUAAGAUUAGUAAAAGAAAAAAGAAAUAAGAUUUACAGGAGGCUUUCAGGUUUUAGUUGUAUCUGAAAGGAUGGAUGAGAAGAAGGCUGUGUUGCUGGCCAUCAGAGAAAACAUUGAGAUGGAGCUGUUCUCUUCAGAGGGGCCCUGUGUGGUGGUGGUGGAGGAGGAGGAACACAGUUUUCACCAGAGACCCCUGGAGCAUUCUCUGGUCCCUGACUGUGAGGGGGAACCAGAACCUAAGGUCCAGACCCAACCCAGGCAAGAGGCCAAGCCCAAAUCAGAGCCCCCUGCAAGGGAAGACACCAAGAACUGCACCCCAGUCCCAGGCUUUAUGGAGGAGAUAGAAAUGGAGAUGUUUCCUCCCCACAGAGUGUCUGAGAGUGAGCUGGUGGAGAUAAAGUCAGGUGAUCCUUCCAUCAUAACCCCACCAUCGCCAAAAAAAAAUUGUCAUCUCAAAUGGAAGAGAGUGGUUCCACAGAAGACAGGGCUGGUGGUCAAAGAUGUAGUCUGUCUCCCCAGAGGACACUAUCUGGCACAGCUAGAGAGACACAACAUACCACAGAGCAAAGAACUUGCAGCACUAGCGGCCAUGGGAUUGACAGCUCGUAUCACCAUUGACUAUAGCUGGUCAGCCAAACAGAUGGAGAGUCGGCUGGCGACUCUCUUCAGGGGACAGUUUUUUAUAAAACAGCCAGGACAAAGGUUCUCCUUCACAUAUCUACAGUGUGUGCAGGGCUCCAGAGUGCUGUUUGUCCCAGACACCCCUGCAGAAGGCUGGACUGGAGAGCAGCUACUCAGGAUCUGUGGACAUGGCCCUUUGUAUAUCUUCACCCACCAGGACUACCCACAGGCAGUGUCUGAGAGUUCGGCAAGCCAGACACCUGUGGUAAACAGCAAGGACUUUUGUCUUGAGGCCAGCACGGAGAGCUGCCAAGGUGAAGACAAUCAGCUGGGAAAACAGACCCAACCUCGUGUUUGCAGGACCUCAGAGGAAUUCAAACUUGACCUGGACACUGUCCUGAGACAGUUCAGACAGAAGAACAUGGAUCGAGACGUAAAAAUGCACAUCCAGGUGUGGAGGAGGCAUCUCCUCAACAGCGCUGUGAAGGUGGUGAGGAGGCCGGGCUUCUGUUUCAGGAAGACACCCAUCGUCUCCUUCAGUGGAGAGGAGACCGAUGGCCACAAGGGGCCUCUCAGAGAAUUCUUCAGGCUGACUCUUCUCGAGCUGCAGCAAAGCUCAGUCUUCGAGGGCCAUCCAGGACGCCUGUUUCUGACCUAUGACCUGAAAGCUCUAGAAAACAGGAAGUAUUAUGAAGCAGGUGUUCUGAUUGGCUGGUCUCUGGCGCAGGGAGGGCCUGGACCUCGUUGUCUACACCCUGCACUCUAUCAGCUGAUGUGUGGCCGCAAUUUAUCUUUGGAGGACUUCAGGUGGUCAGACAUUGUUGAUGCUGAAAUACAGAUGCGACUGCAACAGCUGCAUAGUUGUACCGAUGUGAAGCUGCUGCCUCCCAGCCUGCGUGGCUGGGUGUUGAGCUGUGGGCUCCCUGGGAUCUGUUCAAUCCGUUCUGAUGAAAUAACAGCCAUUUACAUCUGCGUAAUCAAACACUACAUCUACCACAGGGUGGCCAGCAUGAUCUCCCAGUUUAUCGAGGGGCUGAACAGCUGUGGUGGAUUGUGGGAUAUGGUACAGUCCCACUGGGAGGCAUUUGUGCCAGUGAUGACGGGUGCACAGCAAGAGCCUCUGACCCUGGAAGAGUUUAAACAGCUUUUCAUUGUCUGCUACAGCCAUGACUGUCAGCUGAGGUCAGCUGAGGAGGCAACUGCCGGACACUGGGAAACAGUCCUCGACUUCAUUAGCAAUGGUCAGACAGAUUUUUCCUUUGAAGACGUCCUCGCUUUCAUCACAGGAGCUGAUCAUCCACCUCCUCUUGGGUUCCCCAGGCUGAUCUCCCUGCGGUUUUACUCUCGGAAUGGUCUGCCCCACGCCUCCACCUGUGCUCUGGUGCUCUUCCUGCCGAGGGCUGUGGCAGGGGCUGUGGAUCUGUUGGCACUGCUCAGCAGAGCUGUGCAUGAGACCAUUGGUUUUACACGUCUCCAGACAGAAAGAGAUGGAGAGGACAGAUGCACAGAAGUGAUGGAGAGUAGGAACUAGACUAGAAUCCUAGAAGCCCUCCUGGACACCUCACGUCCUGCUGAAGCUGACUUUGUGGAGAACGAUGUGUUCAAAGCUUUAUUUAUUCAGAGUAAGGGGAUGAUAGCAGCUGUGGACAUGCUGUAAUUUCUUUUGUGUCAUGGAAACAAAAAUCUUUUAGAAGAGUAAAAGGGAAUGAUAAUUGUGAUUUUGACCAGAACAGUUUAAUUUAUACGUUUAAAUACUUCCAUAUAUUUUAAAGUGAAAUGUUGAAUAAAGUUUCUGUGAAAAAGAUUUAUUAAAGAAGACAGAAAUGACACCAUUGAACACCA